AUGAGCGAUUCGACUGCGGGUUCUCAGUUGGCUUCGCUGGAUGAAAGGCGCAAAGUAAGAACACUCGAUGAAAAUUACGGAUUUAAAAAUCUCGUCGACGAGCCGACUCUGAAGGCGCAUCUGGCUCGAUACAGUAAAUAUCUGAAGAAGAUGGAUCCCAGUGAAAGGAUUAGAGCAAGUUUGGGCGAAAUAGAGAAGCUUAAUGCAGACACUGGGGACUCCCGAGCGCUCAAAGACAUCUACCGCCAUAUACUUCAACAACACACAUACCGAACCCAUAUGUUCACUGACGCAUAUAUUGACGCGUGUUCCGAAAUGUCCAUCAUUACAAAAUAUUGGAGUGACGAGAUCAACAAGGUCCAAUGUCAAAAUAAUGAUGACCGUGCGUUGAAGGACAUCUAUCGCUACGUAGUCCAACAGCACGCCUUCAAAGGGCACAUGUUCACCGAUGCCUAUGUCCACACGGAAAAAGGCGGAUUGGAAGGUUCCACUGCCGUUGUGGACUGUUUGCGCACCGGUUACCAACACUUAUGCCUGGUGCACAACUACUACCUUGGUCUCGGUAUUGAUUACCGCUACUCAUGGCCGGCUCCCGCCGAGAAAGUCAUUAUGGGAUUCCGGCAACUUGAUGCCGUGAUCACCUUGUUAGAAGAAUCAGGCGGAGAGUGA